AUCUCUUCCUCCCACCCCAUCAUCCCCUCCCUCAAAACUAUAGCAGAAAUGGACAUGGGACUGUCACUUCUUGCUGUCUUAACCUUCACCUGGAUUUAUUCUCACCGGACUCUGGGGAUGACAAAGGAAGAAAAGGGAAAAUACAGGGACCAGAUUCUUGAAAUGUUUGACCACGCCUAUGGCAGCUACAUGAAACACGCGUACCCGGCAGACGAACUGAUGCCGCUCAGCUGUCGCGGGCGAGUACGCGGGAUGGAGCCGAGCCGCGGGGACAUCGACGACACUCUGGGAAGGUUUUCACUCACUCUCGUCGACACACUGGAUACUCUUGUUGUGCUGAACAAACUGGACGAGUUUGACGCCGCGGUGCGCAAAGUCAUUCUGAACGUCCGGUUGGACAAUGAUAUCGUGGUGUCCGUGUUCGAGACGAACAUCCGUGUGUUGGGCGGGUUGCUGGGAGGUCAUGUGAUGGCAACCAUGUUGAAAAGCCAUGGCAAGAGGAUGGCUUGGUAUAAGAAUGAACUGCUCUACAUGGCCCGAGAAGUGGGCUACAGACUCCUGCCGGCCUUUAACACGACAAGCGGACUACCGUACCCCAGGGUAAACCUGAAGCAUGGGGUCUUGAGCCCCCUGUCCCGAACAGGCACCGAAUCAGACACCUGCACGGCUUGUGCGGGGACUAUGAUCCUAGAGUUCGCUGCUCUGAGUCGGCUCACGGGGGAAUCUGUUUUCGAGGAACACGCGCGCAGAGCCCUGGACUACCUGUGGGAGAAGAGACAAAGAGGCAGUGAUCUGGUGGGCACGGUCAUCAAUAUCCACAACGGCGACUGGAUCAGGCGAGACAGUGGAGUGGGUGCUGGCAUAGACUCCUACUAUGAGUAUUUGUUGAAGGCCUAUAUCCUGCUGGGAGAUGAUGUGUAUUUGGAAAGGUUUAAUACACAUUACAGAGCCAUAAUGAAGUACAUCAGUCAACCACCUCUCCUCCUCGACGUUCACAUGCACAACCCGACAGUUACGGUCAGGAAGUGGAUGGAUUCUCUCUUGGCCUUUUUCCCCGGCCUGCAGGUGUUAAAAGGCGACUUGCGGCCGGCGAUAGAAACCCACGAGAUGUUAUAUCAGGUCACUCAGAGACACAAGUUUCUGCCUGAGGCUUUCACCACUGAUUUUGCGGUUCACUGGGCUCAGCAUCCUUUGAGACCAGAGUUCAUCGAAAGCACUUAUUUCCUUUACAAGGCUACCAAAGAUCCCUAUUACCUGCGCGUUGGCAAGUCGGUGGUGGACGGUUUGAACCAGUAUGCCCGGGUGCCUUGUGGCUUUGCUGCCGUCCGAGAUGUCCGAACCGGUCACCACGAGGACAGGAUGGAUUCCUUCUUUCUUGCUGAGAUGUUUAAGUAUCUCUAUCUCCUCUUUGCUGAAAAGAACGAGCUGCCCUUUAACAUUGACGACUAUGUCUUCACCACAGAAGCUCACCUCCUGCCUCUCACAUUAGCCACGAUCUGUCGCUCAUGUAACACAAACACUACGAGCACGGAUUUGGAAAGCCAGGAAGAGGGCACCCUAUCUCACACGUGCCCGAGUGUUCAAACCAUGUUUCCUAAUAACCCUUCCUACGCACAAGCCAUCAGGGACACCUAUAGAGAUAUGGUGGCUGACGCUGGCCCCCGAACAUCUUCUAUCAGGGAGGAGUGCAUGGAACCCACCCAGACUCCCGUCCUUGCUUCCCUUCAAACCAAGGACUUUGUUCCCAGCAGUACAGAACAUGGGGAUCUCCUGAAACAGAUGGGGUUCACCUUAACAUUGGGGGGCGAUGGCAGCCUGCAUUUAACCCACGUCCCUGACGAGGCUUCGAACCCCCGAAGUGCUCAGCACAGCCUCAAGUUCAUUGCGGAAAUCAUCGAGCUCGCCAAGACUCAGGGCAAGGAAGAGGCAGCCUCGCUGGCUGUGCAGAUCGUGUCUCCCCCGUUUCUGGGGAGGGUGGUGCUGGCUGCUGGCCCGGCUCACUUUGGAAUGGAUCUUACCAAACAGGAACAUGGGGUGAAGGGGAGCCUGGCUAAAGCUGUUCCAUUCAAUGCCUGCCUGGACAUAGCCAACCCAGCUGACAUCAGGGGGAGAAUUGUGCUGGCCCAGCGUGGGGACUGCAUGUUCGCGGUCAAAGCCAGGAAUUUACAGAAGGCUGGAGUGACCGGCGCUAUCAUUAUUGAUAAUUUGGAAGAGAGUAGCAGCGAUGCCUCCUUGCCUGUGUUUCAGAUGGCUGGUGAUGGGGAAAACACCAGUGAAAUCGAAAUCCCCCUGGUUUUCCUCUUCACCAAGGAAGGCAAUGUCUUGCUCAAAGCUUUGAGGGAGCAGCAGAACGUGGAUGUUCUACUGGUGGAUAAAUCCAAGCAGCUCGGACAAGAAGGUAAGAAAAAGGAAAGAUCGAUUGGGGAAUUGAAGAUCCACAUCCAUAUUGACUCCAGUGAGGAACAAAUGGCUCAGAUGGAAUUGGACAUCAACACGGAGCGCGGUGGAAGCCAUGGAGCAGGGCAGUCAGGGGAGGCUUUCCCGGAGGAGACCGUUCCCGGGGGGGAGACUUUCCCGGGGGGAGGGAGGGAUGAUGAGGAAGCUAGCAGGACCGAUCCCCAGGGGAGUAGCGAGGGAGAUCCCGACUCCGUGCCCCUCGAUUGGAGGGAAGAGAUGGAAGCGUUUGAGGAAUUAAACUUGGACGAACUCUAAAUCACUGGCUUCCAAAGACACCUCCUCCUGUCCUUAACCAUGCAAAGUGUAGUGACUGUGCAGCUCGCCCUCAAAACGCACAGUCGCUACUCUUUACAGAAUAUUCCCGUGAAGCACUUUGAGGACUUUUCCUCCACACAUGAAAGGCGCUGUACCAAAUAGAAGGAUUAUUUUAUCAUCAUUAUUGCGUGUGGAGUCAGUUUGCAGGUACUCUGGGAAGCGCAGUCUGCUUCUGUUGAUCGCGCAUGGAUUGAUCCAUCGUUCUCUGCCAUCUCUCUGAACAAGAAAAUCUAACUUAACUGAAGCGAUUCAGGUUGCAAGCUCUGGUUUGGGGAAGAAACUAUGUUUUUUUUGCACUGCCUUUGGUGGAUGUAAGCGCUUAUUUAAAAAGGAAGCAUUGGGUUCUGGAGGUGAUGGGUUUCCAUAUAUUUUAAAUAUAGGAAGAUUACAUUGUGGUUCGAGUUUAACCAGUGAUAGGAAAGCAAUUUGGAUGUGGCAAAUAGUUUAUAGCACACAUGCUCUAUCCUACGAAGUGCUUUUGAGACGUCCUCCCGGCGUGAAAGCCGCUGCAUUAAAACACAAGGAUCAUUACUAUUUUUCUGUCUGGAACUAUCCUAGAGUCUCUCCGACUCCCCCGUUAAAGCACAUCUUAAGAUGUUUCUCUUUCAA